CCGUGUUUUAUUAGCAAAUGAAUAAUAUUCUCUAACGAAAUGGAUAAAAACACUUAUGAAACUUAUGAAUUUCUACCUACGAAUAGUAGUGAAGCUGAAACGGAUCAAUUUUUUGUGGUUCAAGAUGAUGGCACUUUUCUCUUGAACAGACAGAUUCAGUAUGUAGCUCAAGUGCAAGAUGUGAAGGAAGUUUUAGACGAUGUGCAGCCGUGCACCGUCUAUGGCGUAUCUUCACAACAAUUCUUUGUUGAUGUCGACAAUUCCGCUGAACUUAUAUCUGUUUCUGAUCAGUUUAUUUUACCUGAUGGAGAUAAUGGCCUGUACACAAACAGCUAUCUCUUACAGCCUAGUUCAAGCAGCACAACUGAACAGAUGGAUGAAGAUGUUGUAGUUGAUCAGUUCAAGCCGGCAAUCACACAAAAUGUUGAUAUUGACGUUGUAUCACAUGACAGCAAACAAGGAAACAAUUUUACUGAGAUAACAUUAAGUGAUGAGCAGUAUCAGACAUUGGAACAAAAAGGCUGGAUAUUACUGGAAUCAAAUGACAAAAUAUUUGUGCUCAACACUUUAGGACUUCAUGACAUCACAACUAAUGAUAAACUAAUACAGAAGUUGAAAAAUGAGAUUCAAAAUGGUCACAACAAUGUAGGAAAUAAUGAAGGAACACUUAAAAUCGAAAGUUAUUCGAGUCAAUUUCCGAACAUUGUGACGGAGCCGUUGUCUAAUCAGCAAGAAACUGUGGAGUUCGUUAUAAAUGCCGACAGUGAAACAAACGACACUAUAGAUAGUGUGCAGUUCAUUGUUGAUAAUAAAGAAAAUAUACAAGCAACCUCUGUGAUAAACGAAGUUUCAGACACAGCUUCUGAAAAACACGAGCCACCAAAGUUACUACUGACUGAAACAUCGGAAAGGAUAAAACAGGCGAUACAGUUAAAUAAAGAUACGAGCUCCAUUAAAAUAAAGACUAAAUUCAAUUUCAAAGAUAUCCCUGAAAAUAUAUUUCUGGGAAAGACUGCAAAUGGAAAGCGACUGAUAGCCAAAGUACUUAAAAAACCUCCAAUCAAAAAUGAAGACAAAAAAUAUAAAAUAAGUGAAGAAGAGCCUGUUUUGGAGCAUAUUACAGAAAACCAGCAGUAUUAUGCGACAGGUUUGCAUGAAGCGGACUUCAUAAACCUCAUACAAACAACGUUGCGCUCCGGCGCCAAAGAUAUUAAAGAAGAAGACAUCGUUUCUGCCGACACUGUCGUCUCGCAGCUGCUGAAAGUGCCCAACUUGAGGGACUCCAUGAUUGGACAUAAUUUGAUUAUCACUAAGUUCACAAGCAACAAAGACGAAUUCGGUACAAUAUACAAUAGAAGCAAAGUUACACUUGUAACGGGCCGGGUGAAGGAGAAAGAUGACACAUCCAGCUUCGAACACAUACCCAACUUGUUGCAGACCAUUAAAAUCAACGCAGAACAGAACGUUAUACAACCUGAUGAAGUGUUCACCUGCAUAGAGGAAAAAGUCGCCAGAGAGAAAUUUACUGUUUUCCACGUCCACAUAAUAGAAACGAAAUGCUUUGAUAAUGUUAUUAGAGUGUCUGUCACGCUGAAUAAACGGCAGCUUCCAUCAAACUUGGUGUUUGAUCUGAAGAAACGUUACCCAGACACCGUGUUCGGUUGUAGUGCUUGUGCAGCACUGUUCAAGUCUGAAGAGGCAUUAAAGGAGCAUCAAGUGGGUCAAUGCAUGGAUACAGACGACUUAUUAACAAUAGACUCUGAUCCCUCAAAUACUGACGAUGACAUUAUAGUUAUGAAAACGGGCAAAGAAACAAUAUUCACUUGUGCGCAAUGUAAUAUAAAGUUUACAAAACUGUGCAACAUACAAAGGCACAUGAAGACACACCAAGGAACAAGACAGCAAAUCUUACAAACAGACAGAGUACUUAAUCAAGAUAAUGAAUCGAAAAAGCAACCUAGUAAUGUCUAUAAGUGUAAAAUGUGUCCUAGCACCUAUUUUCAUUCUGCUACACUUUCAAAACAUAUAGUUACCAGGCAUAUAAAAGUUAAAUCAAAUAAACAUGUUGUAUAAUAA